AGACUGCUCAUCUUCCAAUCCCAAAUGAGAUCUCCCCCGCCCCCAGACUGAGCCCCCCCGCCCCCUCCCACGACGACCACCCACUGGUUUCUGUUCUGCAAAGAAACACACCACUCCGUCGUCCAAUUCCAAAACCAUAAGAACAUCGAACCGUCCACCCGGCACCCAGUUCACACAGAUUCACUAACUUAUCCAGAACACCACCCUCGCUCGGAUGCAAGAUCGAUCCUGCGAUCUCACCGAUACCACAGCAAGCGAUAGAACAGAGCACGGAGUUGAUUGGAGAGAGAGAGCGAGAGAGAAUUUUCAACACACGCACUCGCCACCUUGAGUUGAUUAAUGCAUCAGAAGAAAUCUGAGCUUCUGAUCGGAAAAGAAAGCAUCGGCCUCUCUUCCGAUUUCAUCACCCACCAAAAGAACUCGAGUCCUCAGCAAGAAAUCGCCAACCUCACACCAAACCCGCCUCAUGAACUGAAUCAUCUUUCCAUUCAGAUCCCGCCUACAUCAGAAACCCAUCUCGACAAUGAAGGCGUAUGCAGUAUUAGCCCCUCCACAAGUCAAAAGACCAAUCUUUCGACACCCCACAAGAGACCCAUAAUGACCCAAUCUCCUCUAGCUUUCUACCACUCCAGCACGCAAUCGCCCAUCACCAAUCGCCACCAGCAACAGAGUCUUUUCGCUUCGGAUCCUGGCACAACCAGGUCUUCUUGCUUUAGCUCGCUCGCGAUCCCAUUUUGCACCAGAAAGUUUCUGUCUUGUAAAUUCUGCCACCAGUUAUGCCGCGUGCGUUUGCUUGGCAUACAUCUGCGAUUACUAGUUCUCAUACUAGUGCCGGUGCUCUACUUCUUUGCGUCCAGUCCUAACCGUUCUUUCUUGCUGGAGCUCAUCUCUGUGGUUUCCUUCUCUGGGGCACUGUUGAUAUCACUCAAUUUAGCCGUCCCUAGAUUUCCCUCGAUUCGGUUGCUGUUUUCACGGUCGUUUCCUGCGAAGAUCGCUCCGUUUUCGGCUUCAAAACCAGCUCGGCCUGUUGUUUGGUCAAUCGGGUCGAAACCAAAAGCCGAGGAAAGGGCGACUUCGGGUUCGUGGGUUCAGGUCUAUAGCAAUGGGGAUGUUUACGAGGGUGAAUUCCACGGAGGGAAGUGUUCAGGUAGCGGGGUUUAUUACUAUUACAAGAGUGGGAGGUAUGAGGGGGACUGGGUUGACGGUAAGUAUGAUGGUUAUGGCGUCGAGACGUGGGCCAAAGGGAGCCGGUAUAGAGGACAGUACAGGCAGGGUUUAAGGCAUGGAGUCGGGGUGUACAGGUUUUACACGGGGGAUGUUUAUGCUGGGGAGUGGUGUAAUGGGCAGUGUCAUGGUUGCGGAGAGCAUACUUGUGAGGAUGGGAGCAAGUAUGUUGGAGAGUUCAAAUGGGGUGUCAAGCACGGCCUCGGUCGGUACCAUUUCAGAAACGGGGAUACAUACUCAGGGGAAUAUUUUGCAGACAAGAUGCAUGGCUUUGGAGUGUACCUGUUUGGAAAUGGUCAUCGUUAUGAGGGAGCUUGGCACGAAGGAAGAAGGCAGGGUUUUGGCAUGUAUAGUUUCCGAAGUGGGGAAACUCAAUGCGGUCACUGGCAGAAUGGGGUUCUUGAUUCCCCCAGCUCACCGAGCUUUGUUGCAGGACCGAACUCAUCCAUCAUGCACUCGAAAGUCCUCAAUGCAGUACAGGAAGCACGAAGAGCAGCCGAGAGAGCGCAUGACGUCGGGAAGGUGGAUGAGCGGGUGAAUAGAGCUAUAGCAUUCGCUAAUAAGUCGGCCAAUGCAGCGAGGGUAGCUGCGGUGAAAGCAGUUCAAAACCAAGUGUAUCAGGACCAUACCCCUGGAGAUCAGGUGUUGCCGGCUCUUAUAUCGUAAGAAGCUAAUCCAAUUGCACUGGACAGAUGUUGGCAAGAUAGGUAGUAGUCGAAGGCACUUUCUUCUCCUUUCAUUUUCCGAUUCCCACUCAGUUUUGGCGAUUGCCAUCAUGUCAUGGUCAUCAGUCGCAUGUAAUCCCUCUCAAAAAGCGAUGUUCAUUUCUGCAGCACCCUCCUGGAACCACAUACAGUCAUCAAAAGCUGAAAUGGCUGAUUGAGGAGCAGGAUGAGGUCUUAUAUGUAUACUGUAAUAAACUUCUUGGCUUUCAUGUGAAUAGACAUGUGGUUGCUUUUUUACGAGAGAA